AUGGCGACCACUUUCACCGCGCUCGACUAUUGUCUGUUUGUGGCUGUGCUCGCUAUCAGCGCCCUAAUCGGGGUCUACUACAUGCUCAGGGAAAAAUGGCGGAAAAGGGAGACAACCGCCGAGGACUUGCUUAUGGGAGGGCGGGAAAUGGGCGUAUUUCCGGUAGCCAUGUCCCUUCUGGCGAGCUACAUGUCCGCCAUUACUGUUCUGGGAAUCCCCACGGAGAUGUACGUCUACGGCGUCUCCUAUUGGCUGGUCGCCGCGGCGGGGCUGAUCACGUUUCCUCUGACGUGUUUUCUCUUCCUGCCUUUUUUCCACAACUUGCAGCUGUCUAGCGCGUAUGAAUAUCUGGAGCUGAGGUUCAGUCGGUGGACUCGCUAUCUGGCCUCCGGUAUCUUUGUGGUGCAGAUGUUCCUCUACAUGGCAGUCGUGCUCUACGCUCCGGCCCUGGCUCUCAACCAGGUGACCGGGUUUUCCCUGUGGGGUUCCAUCCUCUCCGUGGGCGCUGUUGUGACGUUCUACACCUCAAUGGGCGGUUUGCGGGCGGUCCUCUGGACAGACACGUUCCAGACGUUUGUUGUUGCAGCAGGACUUUUUGCAGUCGUCAUUGUUGGAAGUGACAAAAUCGGAGGAAUGGCCCGGGUGUGGGAGCUGUCUACCGCAGGAGGCCGCACGGAGUUCUUCAACUUUGACCCCAGCCCCUUCAGUCGGACCACAUUCUGGAGCGUGACCGUGGGCAGCUUUGUGGGUCAGAUGACCAUCUACGGAGCCAGCCAGACUAUGCUCCAGAGGUACAUGUCCAUUCAGAUCAUGCUGACGGCCCUGGGUGCGGGUGGAGGUCCCCUGCUUGGCCUGUUCUCCCUCGGCAUGUUCUUUCCCUGUGUCAACUCCAAAGGCGCGCUCUCGGCCCUGCUCGUCAGCACCAUCGCCACAUUCUGGGUCGCUAUAGGCGCUAUUGUCAAGCAGGUCCCUCAACCCACACUACCCUUCAGCACAGAGGGCUGUGCUGUGACCACAAACACCAGCCAGAUCUUCAAUUCCAUCCUGAACCUUCACUCCGCCACUCCCGUACCCCCGGAGCCCCUGGUGGACCCCACACACGCGCAGACGGAUGACGUAACAGACGUGAGUGGGCUCCAACUCAUCUAUAAACUCUCCUUUCUCUGGUACCCUACCUUCGCCGUCAUUAUCUCUAUCAUCACCGGAGUCCUCGUCAGCGCUUUCACAGGGUGGACGACGGACUCGUGCGUUGAUUCCCGCCUCAUCUACCCUGUCCACAAACAUCUCUGCUGUUGCAUGCCUAGAAAAGCUCGGAAGUGGCUCAACUGCGCGUCGUUGUGGACGUAUAACGUCCAGUUUCCAAGCGCGAAGCAUAUGGUCUACUUCGACGACGAGAGUUAUGGGGAGGAGGAGGAUGACGAGAGUGGGGACGACAUAAAUGUGACGGAAGAGAAGGACAGGCUCUUGGAUAGAGGCAGCGAGAAGGCAACAGAGGGGAAGACCAGCUCUGUCAAUGACGGCUUUGAGGUGGAGCUAGAGACGAAAAUGUGACAGUUUUACUGUAGCUCUAGAGACGAAAAUGUGACACUUUUACUGUAGCUCUAGAGGCAAUGUUGUGAAAGUUUUAUUUAAUUAUGUUGCAGAAAAGUUGAAACGUUUGGAAAGAAUUGUCUGGCUUCCCAAGACCGGUAUCCAACAAUCAAAACAUCUCCGC